AUGGCAACCGCAGCUCUGACCGGUUUCUCCAUGAUGAGCCUGCUCAGCCUCGGGUAUCUGACCUGGGACAUGGGGAGCCCCAACCAGGUAGAAAACGAGGCUGAUCAAACACUAACAGACAGGUCUGCUGUCCCACAACCUCCUCACAUCAUUUUCAUCAUGACAGACGACCAGGGCUUCAACGACAUCGGCUACCACAGCUCAGACAUCAGGACACCGGUGCUGGACAAACUGGCCGCGGAUGGAGUCAAGCUGGAAAAUUACUACAUCCAGCCCAUCUGCACCCCGUCUCGCAGUCAGCUCAUCACUGGCAGGUACCAGAUUCACACGGGUCUGCAGCACUCCAUCAUCCGUCCCCGUCAGCCCAGCUGUUUGCCCUUUGACCAGGUCACUCUGCCCCAGAGGCUUCAGGAGCUCGGCUACUCCACCCACAUGGUGGGCAAGUGGCACCUGGGCUUCUACAAGAAGGAGUGUUUGCCCACUCGCCGUGGAUUUGACUCGUACUUUGGCUCCCUAACGGGCAGCGUCAACUACUACACCUACGAGUCCUGCGAUGGCCCGGAGCUGUGUGGCUUUGACCUUCACGAGGGGGAGUCGGUCGCCUGGGGUCACAGGGGCAAGUACUCCACCCACCUGUACACACAGAGAGUCCGCAGGAUCCUGGCAAGCCACGACCCUCACUCUCAGCCGCUCUUCAUCUUCCUCUCCUUCCAGGCUGUUCACACGCCUCUGCAGUCCCCCCGGGAAUACAUCUACCCGUACCGCGGGCUGGGAAACGUGGCGCGAAGGAAGUACGCCGCAAUGGUCUCGGCUGUAGAUGAGGCGGUUCGAAACGUAACAUAUGCUCUCCGCAAGUACGGAUACUAUCAGAACAGUGUCAUUAUCUUCACGACUGAUAAUGGCGGCCAGCCGGUGUCUGGCGGCAGCAACUGGCCCCUCAGAGGACGGAAAGGCACCUACUGGGAAGGUGGAGUUCGCGGUCUGGGGUUCAUCCACAGCCCUCUCCUGAGGAGGAAGAGGAGAGUGAGUAAAGCUCUGGUGCAUAUUACUGACUGGUACCCUACACUGGUCGGAUUAGCCGGCGGUAAUGAAUCCCUGACCGAGGGGCUUGACGGGUACAAUGUGUGGGAAGCUAUCAGUGAGGGAAAGGAGUCCCCCAGACUGGAAAUCCUUCACAACAUCGACCCUUUGUACAACCGCGCUCGCAGUGGCUCUCUGCAGAAAGGAUACGGCAUUUGGGAUACCGCCGUCCAGGCCUCCAUACGAGCGGGCGACUGGAAACUCCUGACAGGGGACCCUGGAUAUGGAGACUGGAUCCCGCCACAGGUGCUCCCGGGCUUCCCCGGCGGCUGGUGGAACCUGGAGCGUCACUCUGAACCCCGCAAGUCAGUGUGGCUCUUCAACAUCUCGGGAGAUCCCUACGAACGGUACGACCUGUCUGAGCAGAGGCCAGAUGUUGUGAAAGAGCUGCUGGCCAGACUGGUGUACUACAAUCGCACUGCGGUGCCUGUAAGGUAUCCGUCGGAGGACCCGCGAGCUGACCCCCACCUGAAUGGAGGCGCCUGGGUCCCCUGGGUGGGGGACGAGGAAGAGGACAACUGGGACAGUGUUUACCAGAAAAAGAACAUGGACUGGAAGAGGAAGCUCAAACUGUCCAAGAGCAGGUCAUUUUUCAGGAGGCUCAACAUGAGGAUAAUGUCCAACAGAAUAUAG